AAUAUAUUUUUAUAUAUAUUUAUAUUCUCAGACUCGUACACUUCCAAACCCGGGUAGUCCGAAGUUCCUAAUAAGGACUACAAGAAUGGAGACAUCAAAUAGAGACAGGGUACACACAAGCGGGGACCUUGGCCCGUCUCAACUCGUCUCUAUUUUAUAGUUGCUGCUCCCCUUUCUUCACUAUUUAUACCACUAAGGAGGGGCACAAUUCCGUGUGCUCAGGCUGCCUCUUUUUCUUACAAUAGCUCUCCUUUUUCACUACUACUAUCAUCAAAAUUGCAUAUGUUAUUUCUGUAAUUAGUUGACAAAAGCUUCUUCAUUUUUUCUGCGACGUCCAAUCUCACUUUUAUUUUCUGCUUUUUUACCCUAGAAACCAGAAGAAACUUAAAACCAACCCCCUUUGUUUUCCCUCUGGAAGCUUGAAAAAGGUAUGGCAGAGGACCAGUAUGGAGCAGACCUAUUCAAGGACAUAGAAACAGGAUCCACAGAAGCAGACUCUUCUUCAAAGAAUCGUGAGAUUACAACAGAGAGCAGUCCAACACCAAAUGAGCCUCCAACAUCAGUGAAGGGGGAAAAGACAACUGCUAAUAAGAAUCCAAAAUCAGAAGGCCAAGACAAGGACAAGGGCGAUUCUGCUACCCCAGAAGAAAGUAAGAAGUGGGAAAGUUUAUUAGAGAAUAUUCUGGAUAAUGUGUUUGACUUUAGGCAUGACUUGAUUAAAUAUGUUUGUGAAAUUCUUGCCCCUAAGAAGUGGACCGUUUGGGUGAUAUUACAGUGGAUUGCAUUGUUUUGCUUUAUCGGAUGCUUGAUUGCUAGUUUAACUGUGCAGAAGAUGAAAAACCAUUUGAUUUGGAAUUUUGAAAUGUGGAAAUGGUGUGUAUUGUUAACGGUUGCUGUCUGUGGUAGAUUGAUUUCUGAAUGGGUGCAGAAGAAUCGUCUUUUUGUUUGGUGGGGUUUGGUUCUUAUAGCCUGGCUUGUCUUGGUAAUUGCAUGUGUUGAUAAUGGAGGUAGGAGAUCAAAGGAAACCAGAGAGAUCCUGGACUAUAUUACCAGGGUUCUCGGUUCUCUUUUUAUCGGGGCUGGUUUAUGGCUGUCGAAAGAUCUUUUACUUUGGUCGUUUGCUCAUUCUUUCCAAAGUAAAGUGUUCUUUGAUAGGAUUUUGAAAGCAAUGUUUUGUAAGCAUGUAAUUGAGAGUCUCCUAGGCUGCCAAUCCUUCGGUAAACGGAGAAAUGAUCUCUGGUGGAUUGAUUGGGCAGACGAAAUAAAUCUGGUAAAUGAGGGGAAACUAUCAGCUGUCUCAAUAAAACUAUUUAUAGAUGUCAUAAGUGAUAGUAGCCUGCUCAUUCUUCCGGAUAUCAGCUGCGAAAAGGAGGUAGAGCCUGCAAGUGAUAAGAUUUUCGACAUCCUCAGGCGUGGUAAAAGAAGCACCAGAAAGAGGGAUGCAGAGGCUCCUCAUUCACAAAUUUCAGUAGAUUCCAAGAUCAAAGACAGGGACUUAACUAUUACAAAGAAGGACUUCUUAACCUUCCGGAUUAUUGAGCCAGAAGACGUUGAUAUGUUGUUUCAACUUAUUGGAGAAACACUGCAAUUACGAAAACUUAUUGAAGGAACAUCAGACAGUAUCAAAAUCAAAAGAAGACAGCUCAAGCACUGGCUAAGGACUGUUUAUAGCGAAUGCAAAUCUCUGGAAUGUUCUUUAAGAAAUACCAGGAGGGGAAUGGUAGCGUUGGACAAGCUUGCCACAGGGAUAGUUCUUAUUCUGACAUGCAUUAUGUGGUUACUUAUGUUGAAACUUUUAUCAGGGAAAGCAGUUGCCUUGAUUUUAUCUCAGCUUUUUGUUCUGACAUUCGUGUUUGGUGACACUUGCAAGAAAAUAUUUGAAGGCAUUGUAUUUGUGUUUGUCACACACCCAUUCGACAUUGGUGAUCUUUGUGUUAUAGAAGACGGAAAAGAGAUGGUUGUGAAAGAGAUCAAUAUUCAAACAACGGUAUUUUCGAGGGUGGAUGCUGUUGAUGAUAAGGAUGAUAAGGAGAAAAUUGUUUAUCCAAAUUCUGUUUUAGCUACCAAAUUCGUUCGCAAUUUUCGCAGACAUCUCUAUGCAAAGGAACGUUCGUGGGAAAUAAAAGACCUCAACAUACUUGCUAAUGGCCUUGACGAUGGAGACAAGAUAAAAAUGGGUGUCUACCUCACUUACAAGCACAUUGGGAGCAAAAAUGCAAAAUGCAAGAGGAAAUCUGAAAUUGUCUUGUUCCUGAAGCAAAUUCUUGGUGGUAAGACUGAAAAUGUCAAAUUCCUUGUUGAUGCUUCUACAUCCAUAAAGCAGAUUGAAGCUCUAAAAGCCAGAAUAAUCGAGGAUAUGAAGAAAAACAAAUGGAUAAAAGAUAUCAGCAUACGUGCUAACGACUUUGAAGAUGGAGACAAGAUCAAAAUGGGUGUCUACGUUACUUACAAAGACUUUCGGAAAAAUAAUGAUGAAAGAAGCGACUGCAAAUCAAAAAUAGUAUUGGGUCUGAAGCAAAUUCUUGAAGACAUGGGUAUUUCUGAAUAUCAUCCCAAGAAGAAUAAUGUUGAAUCUGCAGCUGCAGCAUUUCCCAGUCCCACCUGCUGAUGUAUGAUCAUGACAGUCUCUAAGUUUACCUUACCUUAAUUCUUAUGUUGUAUGUGAUAGAGGUAAGUGUAUGUGUAUAUCGAUCUAGUUUUAUCAUCCCCGUUGUUGUUAUAUAUCUUCUUCUACUAUCACUUGAAAUUGCAUUGUUGCUUUCUGUUUUCUCAAAAAUCCUUAGCUGACCCUAACCAUGCAAGUUGGGGUAUAGGGCAUGAGUUUGGUAUAGGGCAUGCCACUUGUUUUGUCUAAAAGUAAGAAAAUAAGAUUUUUCAU